AUGUCAAUGUCAAUGGGGGAUAUGCCCGCGGGCUCCAUGGACAUGGGAGGUGGAGUCCCCAGUCUAUUCACUCUACAGAAGAUGUACUGGGCUGUUGUGGGUGCUGCUAUCGGCACAGCAACCCUCGUCAACGUGCUGGACCGAAUCAUCGCUCGGCAUCGUCUGCGAGAUUCUUCGCUCACCCCCGCCAAACCAAAAUCACUUUUCUUCAACUUGUAUGCUACUGCCACAGCGACAGUGCGUGAAGUCAGCUAUGCAGCUCCAAAACCUCUCAAAGUUGGAGAAUUUACUCUCCAUUUUCCGCCACUGGGUCCGGUCCUCAUCAUGCUGGCCUACCUGAUUACAGUGAUGGUCUUGUGCUUCUACAAACUCGACACGCUUGAUCCCUGGAAAUGGGAACAAGUCGGCUAUCGCACAGGAUUCAUUGCAAUUUGUCAACUGCCAUUGAUCUUCCUGUUGGCAGGUAGACAGAAUAUCAUUGGUUUCUUGGCCGGAAUGAGCUACGCCAGUCUUAACUGGUACCAUCGUUGGAUCUCACGGACACUGUGGUUGACGGCUACUAUACACAUGGGAUUCUGGUUCCGCAAUUGGGAUCGCUGGCAUUAUAUCGUCUAUCAACUCAAGAAUGAUCCCUUGACCAAGCGCGGCUUCGCUGCUUGGAUCAUUCUCACCUUCAUCGUGAUCAGCUCUUUCGCCCCGGUUCGUCGACUCAGUUAUGAGUUCUUCGUUAUCCAACAUCUGGUAACAUUUGUCGGAUUCAUUGUCGCUGUAUGGAUGCAUGCACCUACCGAGGUCAAAACCUGGGUGUGGGUACCAAUUGGCCUUGUGGUAUUUGAUCGGGUCGCUCGCUAUACCUGGGGUGCGUAUGUCAACCUGGCAAUUUUCCACCGAAAGAAAACUUCAAAUGCUCUCUGGGCGCACUCUGCGUCUUUCACGCCGCUUCCAGGAAAUGUCACCUGCGUGACUGUUGAGAAUCCUGGUAUCGGAUGGCAACCUGGUCAGCACGUUUUCCUCACCUGUCACUCCAUAGUUCCGUUGCAAUGCCACCCAUUUACCAUCGCUUCUAUUCCGGAAGAUAACAAGAUGGAAUUUUUCAUUCGUGCAGAGAAUGGAGGAACAAGGCGGUUCUUCCGAUUUGCAUCAAAGAAUGAUAAAGUGCUGGGAAGUGGCGAGGUAUCCCAGCACAGACAAACAAUCUUCCUCGAAGGACCAUACGGAAGCAUGCGCCCCUUGCGUCAGUUUGAUAGCGUUGUCUUGCUAGCAGGUGGAAUGGGUGCGACAUUUACGAUGCCCCUACUCCGGGACGUUGUUUCUGCUUGGAAAAAGGAGAGCAAUGAAUCUGCUUCAAGUCCCACAUCCCGAAUAGCUGCCACCAAGCGGUUACGGUUUAUCUGGGUGAUCAAAUCGCGUGCUCAAUUGUCCUACUUCGAGACCCAGCUACAGUCUCUAUUAGCAGAUAUGGAAGAAUCUCGGCGGACACAGCCAAGCUUCGAGAAAGAGCUCGAAGUGAGCAUCUACAUUACUUGUGAUGAGAAGUUGGAUCCACCGAAUACUUCGGAAGCACCUUCGCUACCCGCGCAGACCUUCACUCAAGAUGCAUCCAUGUUCGAUGAGAAGAAGGGCUCCGGAGUGGACCACAUCUCCAUCCACUCCAUUUCCAGCCAGUCAACAUCGAACCAAAAGCCCAAGCCCACAGGAACCGGUUGUCUCCCUGGCGGAGGAUGCUGCUGCAUGACCCAAAUCGAAGAUGAAGACGAGAUCACCAACUGCACAUGUACCUGCGCCGGUCCAGCCCCUGCUCAGCCCGAGAAAGUCACAAAUGUCAAAGCAAAGACACAGCCCGUUGAAUUGAAAGAGGCUUGUGUUAUCCGUCCAACAAUUGUGUCCGGCCGUCCCACGCCACGCAUCAUCAUCCGAAAGGUCUUGGAAAAGGCCGAAGGCGAAAGUGCAGUUGUCGUAUGUGGACCCCGUGGAUUAGCAGAUGAUGUACGCCGUAGUGUUGUUUCUCUUAGCGACGAGCGGGCCGUUCACAAGGGAACUGGUGCGCAGGGAAUCUACCUGCAUGUUGAGAACUUUGGUUUGUAA